AUGAAUUACAGCGCUGCCUAUCUUGAAAGUCACGGGAAGUCUACCGAGCAUUUGAAUUCACAUAAAAAGUGGAUCGUGUUUCCUGAGGGACUGAAAAAGUCACAAACUGUCGACGCCCGUCAUCGAAGGCUUCUGAAUACUGAAAACAAACAUUGGAAAAAUGUUAUUGAGAGCUUAAUAGCAGUAACUCAUUUCCUGGGGUGGCAAUGUCUGCCUUUGAGAGGAAGUACAGAUACACUCUUUCAGCCUGACAACGUAAACUUCUUGAAACUCGUUGAAUUAUUCGGAAAGUUCGACACUGUGAUGAUGGAGCACGUGUACAGAACAAAGCAAGGUGAGAACAAGGGUCAUCAUUAUCUUAGAAAAGAAAAACAUAAUGAAAUAAUUCAUCUUAUUGGAUCAUUUAUAACCAACAACAUUCUAUUAAUGAUGAAAUCUGCAAAGUACUGCAGUAUAAUUCAGGACUGCACACCAGAUAUUUCAAAAGUUGAGCAGAUGACAGUUGUGGUACGAUUCGUCCAGGAGACAAGACUCAACGGGGUAUACGAUGUCCGAAUUCGGGAGCAUUUCCUGGGGUUUCUUCCAGUGCCCGAUUCUUCAAGCUCCACAUUGACGCAGGUCGUACUCAAGUUCGUGGAAGAUAAAAAAAUCCUAUGGUGUAAUGUGAGAGGGCAAGGAUAUGGCAAUGGAGCAAACAUGAAUGGAAAGAAGUCUGGUCUCCAGAAUAGAAUUUCAGAUAUGAACAAGAGAGCAUUUUAUGUACCAUGUAGCAGUCAUUCAUUGAAUCUUGCUGUAAACAAUGCCGCUAUGUCUUCUAAAUAUGCUGUUUCCAUGUUUUCGACAGUGAAAAUCUUGUAUGACUUCUUCUCGUCCUCCGUUCGACGUUGGGAUGUCUUGAAGUAUCUGCCUAACCUGUCACUGAAGCCAGUGAGCGAUACUAGGUGGGAAAGUCGCAUCGAUGCACUUACUCCCCUUAGGUUUCAAAUUGGAGGCGUUUAUGAUGCACUGGUACAGAUAUAA